CCCGCAAGCUUGGCUUCGCGCGGCGUCCGCGGUUAAGACCUUCCCCUCGGUGAAUGAGCGUCGUGCAACAGCAGACCGCACAGUGCACGGGGGAGGUGCAGAAGCAGCAUCCCUUCUGUUACAUUUUUGUCGGACACCGCACCGUCUACCUGCUCAGCCUCAAGGACAUCCUGUGUCUGAGAGCCACCUGUAAAUGGCUCAGAGGUCUCUUCGGAGCGGCCCAGCUGAGAGAUAGACUCCACCACUCUGUCGGCUAACAGGCGGGGCUGCGGCGGGUGGUCAAUGGGCAGCAAGUGCAGCUGGUGCGGUUCGACGAUGACCAGUUCGGUGUGUGUGAUCUGCUGGCGGCUGUGUGUAUUAUGGAGGAGGGAAACUGGGUGGAGAUCGGCGAGGUGAUUGAGCUGGGGGGGCAGUACGGCUACUGUGAGCUGCCCGUCAUCCUCACAGCAGACGACAUCAACACACACGCCAACAAGACGGUAAGGCACACACACAGAGGGGCGGGAGAGAACAGAGAGGCCUCAUUGAUUGGUAUCUCUCUGUCUGUGUGUGGUGUGGUGUAGGCGUAUGGAUCGCUUCCCCGUGUGUUGACGCAGCUCAUGGUGGUCGGCCGCCACGUGGCCUUCGGUGACGGCAAGCGCCUGCAGAUCUUCCGCCAUGCCAACGGUGAGGUGCGGGCCAUCGAGGACGAGCCCGGCUUCCGACUGACGAUCGACCCGCCCCUCGCCCACGGCGAUUAUCUGUAUCAGCAGCACCGACUACAGCAUGACACACCGGUGCAAAGCAGCAUCGACUUCUACGACGAGGUGCCAUGGUCACCGACCAUCGAUGCGUCGCUGUCGUCGUUUGCCAAGCGCAUGAUCAUCGACCACUUCAAGCAGACUCACCCAAGGACUCACCGGGGUUAUUGGGGCUAUGAACAACACACAGAACUCGACAAGUAACCCACCGAUGGCACUGGUGGCGGGAGGGGUGCGUGUUUGAUUGUGUGUGUCUGUGUGUGGUUGGUUCAGGCGUGUUGGUGGCAGCCGUCUGGACACCCUCCUGACCCAGUCGCCCCACACACCGGUGGCCGGGUGCUCGACGACAUACAGCUCCCGAGGUUAUAUGCGAUACUUGGUGCUGACCAACGGCAGCCACCCCUUCGUCGCAUGGAUUAUCCUUGAGGAUGAGUUGAUUGACGACAAUGGUCAGGCCGACAGACAGACAGCUGUGGUGUUCAAAUGUCGUAUAUUGUUCUCUCUCGUCUGUCUGCAGUGUGGGUGACUGUGAAAGCGACCGAGGCGCCUGCGUGUGGUACGGCUGCCUUCAAGAUUCGCUUCCCACUGACGAGUGCCCUGGCUCGUGUGAUGCUGGGAGCUGGAGUGGCGCCUCACGUGUUCGACGAUCCAGCCGACUAUCCACACACAGACUACGACCACUUCUGAGUGUCUGUCUGCCUGUGUGUAUGUAUGUCUGUAAUGCAUUGCGUACAUGUGUACAGACACUCACUGCAGCUGUGAUUGAAUGCUCUCUCCGGA